AGAGAGGGAGAGAAAGAGACAGGCGAAGCGCAGCACUGAGUCCGUCCCUGACUCACACUAAAGGUUAGGAGUGCUGAGAUGAGGGCCGCUGUAAUUUAAUCUCUCUUUUCAUGCCUUAAAACACAGAGACCGGUCUGCCAGCGCUUCACCCCAGGGCUGGCGGAGCUCUGGCCCCAUGGCUCAGAACGGGAGGCAUGUUUCAGAACGCUCUUCCCUGGGCGGCCAUUUUGGAUCUAGUGGGACCACCGCGGACAAGCUGCGGGCCCCCAUCUUCCCCCUGUCCAAGAGUCUCACGGACAUGGUGAUGGGCAGCCCGUGCCGGGAGGAGCCGGCGAGGACCAGGCCAGACCUGCGGAAGUGCGCAAGCAGCGCUGUGUGCCCGCUGGGAGAUGCCCGCGGCCACGCCAGGCGGCCCCAUAGUGUUACUGGGACACCGCCGCUGGGGGCUCUGAACCAUCUCCGACUCUGCGAGGGGGGGCAUCUCGCGCAGAUGGACUCUCUGGACAACGAGAGCGGGCCACACAGGAGCCGCUCGGUCAGCCUGCACGCAGCCAGAGAGGGCCGAGGCAGGGAGCCGGGCGGCUGCUGCGAGGCCGGGUCCACCUGCGCCGAGCUGGGCUGCUUCGCUAGGCGAGUCCCAGGCUGCCACGCGCUGGCGUAUCCGCAGGCCCCGGCCCAGCUGCACACAAACUCUGUGAGCGCCUGCAGGGGGCACAUCUACAGCAGCCCCACACUGCUGCACAGGGGGCUUCGAAUUUGCGCUCAGAGCCCCACCAGUUCCCCGAGACCCAGCCGGGGAAUGCUGCAGCAUUGCCGGGCCACCUGCGUCGUCCACCCAGCCAAUCACGUAGGACCGGACGACGCGUUUCCCACCCGCUGCCACCCCCUGCCCACGCCACCCGCCGUCCCCCUCCUGCCGCGGCUGGCGGGCGCGGGCGAGGAGCGGGGGGGUCAGAGGUCACUCCCCCGGGGCGUGGUGCUCCCCUUCCCCCGGCUCACCUCCUCGGUCAGCGAGACGCGUCUGGACGGGGGGCGGGGGGCACGCUGCUGCGCCCUGGCCUUCCCCUCCCCGCCCCUGCGGCGGCGGCCCACCGAGGGGACUGCGUCCCGCGAGGCGGCCACCAUGACCUCGCACCCGGAGCUGAGGGAUGCUGGGGUCCAGACCGGGCGGGACUCUCCCCCGCCCCACGUGUUCCCCGAGGUCAGCCUGGCAGGGGGGGAGGAGGAGGCCGGCGUGGGGCCGACGUCGCCGGUGAGGGAGGUGGCGUGGGACGCAGAGGGCAUGACGUGGGAGGUGUACGGGGCGGCCGUGGACCCGCAGGAGCUGGGCGUGGCCAUACAGAGGCACCUGGAGAUGCAGAUCAAGGAGGCGGCCGCCAGCCGGGCCUCCAGGGCGUCCCGCCGAGACCCAGGGGGGUCCCGGGAAGCCGGCCAACGCGGGAAGAAGGGGGGGCUGAUGGGAUUGCUGAGGAAGCCUGCCUGCUGCACCCGAUCCAGCACAACGGGGGACUGACUGGGUUGAGAUCAUCUGGUACCUCUGGAGCAGCCAUGCUGGCCUGGCCUAGUCUGAAUGGGUGCCCCCUGGUGGACAGAGAGGGACUUCCAGGCUCAUCCUAUGAAAAGAAACCACUGUGACCCCAAGUUACAGAAAGACCACACUCACUGCCAAACAAAAUGACCGGAACCUCUCGACUACCACACCUUGAAAGCUCUGCUUUUGUACUGUAUGUCUGUGCUUUUUCCUCCAAAGCCGAGCUUUUAACUGGUUUGAACACGAACUGUGUUGUUGAUGUGGGAUUAAUGCGGGCGGGAGAUGCCCCUAGUUGGAUUAAGGUUGAUGCGAGCUACCGAUGUUUUGAGGAUACAGGGUAAAAAACAAAAUGCGCUUAGAAAUUGUGGCCAUCAAAAGGCUGUUUGGGUGAAGGGCUGCGCACGCAUAGGAAAGAGAAUCAGGGCUGAAACUGUGGAUGGUGUCAGGACAGCGAUCAAACAGGGCCUUGGUCCAUUACGUCAGUGUGCCCUUUCAUGAAGUCCAACUGCACUGAGCUCGCUCUCUAAACCUGACCCCCUCCGGCA